CCGAGAGGUCGGGUUAUUUGUGACGGAAGUGGGAAAAAUCUGUUGAAAAGCGACACACACGCGCUUUCUUGUCAUUACAUAGCCCAAGCUUGGACACUUAAGACCCACUGAAGUGGUAUACGUAAUCGGGUUAGGUCAGGGUUUGAUUGAGACUACGGCUAGAGACUGUAAGAAUCUAAACAACAUCUUGGCAUGUUUCACUCAAGGCAGGCUAACUUACAGCUGUUAGCUUCAGCGGCGUUUUUACUGCUAAUUUCGCUGGCGGCCUCGACCACACCUGGACUUGAAGGUUUGUAGGGCCUAGCAUUUUGCCUAUACCAGGCUAGGUGGCUGUAUUAGCCCGUAGGAGAGCUAUUUAGCAGUCACUAACUAACACUGUCUUUACUGCAGGGAGUCUGGUAUCAUGCUCUGUUGAGAACGAAGUCAUUGACCUACCAAUUGGGCCGGGAAAUCCUUGUUUCGUGUGCCGAUGUAAGGUUUGUGUGAACGCUUUCUUUCUUCCUAUCAAGGUAUUCGCCUUAGGACGUGACAACACAAUGCACCGUCGUUCGAUAAGGAAUGCAUGCCCAGAUGACACGAGUUUGGCAUGAAACCGAAGCAGAUCUAUAAAAAGGCAGCAAAGGGUUUUUAUAGGAUUAGGAAAUGACUAAAAAUGAUGUUCAAAUUUCAACGUAAACAUUCGGAGGGUGGAAACCCAAAGACGCGGUAUUUACAUUUCACACGGAAAAAAGGUAAUUGAUGAAAACCCGUGCGCGUGUGAAGAAGAUAAUGCACUCGCGGUGCCUGAACGAGAGAAGACUAAAAUACGCGUGCAAAUAUUUCAAUUUUGUCCCGCACAAUAAUACCGUAUUGAUUUGUUUGGUUGUUUCGGUUAUGAGAACUAAUUACACAUAAUUGCAGAAACACUUGGUGGCACCGUAUGCUUUAUUUAGAUAAAACACCCAGGCACCGCUACAUGAAACACGCGGCCCGUGUAUCUAUUUUGUAUACAUUACGAAAUAGCCAAAAUUGAAAGUAACGUAAUAUUGAGCCAGAACGCUUUUUCUUAUCAGCUAAAGGUCGAAGCGAUUCGGUCAGUGGAAUACUUACUUUUGAAGUGCUCAAAUGACCAUGUCGUUGGUAUGCAAAGUAAAUUGCUUUACACUCAUGACGAAGUACGUAUAACGUCAAGUUUCAAGUUUCUCACAUGUAUCACAAAAAAAGAACAAUCAAAGCACUUAUAAAUCUUUCAAGCUUGACUUACAAGUAAAACAAAAAAGAGAGCUAUUUCAGUAAAGUUUACAGCCAGUUUCGUAAAUUCCAGAACGAAAUCACGAAAAAAAAUUGGAAAUUGCACGAAUUCGUCCAUGAAAAAAAGCGGGAAAAAGGAACAUGCACGCAAUCUUUCGGCAAGGCCUCUUCUCAGUGGACGUUAAAAAUUGAAUUCUCUUUCAGGAAGAAACUGUGCUGUGAUACGUGGCCGUAGUAAUGACAUUUUUGCAUUAAGUGCGUGCUUAAAAGGUUCUGUUUGGUAUCACGUGAAAAAGGUUUUGAGUAUAUGCAAGAGAGUUCUGAAGAACAGCACUCCUAAUGAAAGCUGUCAACAUCAAGACUCGUGACAUUGCUGAAGAAUCUACAAACCAUUCCUUAACCCUGUUACUUUUAAACUGGUAGCCAUACGAAUACUUCAUCACAAAAAUCAAACUUCUUUCAAGUCUUCUUGUCUUCAAAAUCCUCAGAAAUAAAUAGUACCACGCAAAGAUUCUGCCAAAGGAGUUUGAUUUCAAUGGUAACCUCAUAGGAUUUCGGCGUCCACAGGCUUAAAUGUUCGAGCGACAAGUAAUCCAUGAUGUGGUCUAGGACUAAAAGGGUUAACCUUGAACCUUUUGGUUUUUACAUUACGAUGUUGUCAAAAGAAUAAAGAACCUCUUAACUGUUAACAGACCUCAAGAGUUAUUUCAGUCGGGCGAGAUGGACAAGAAAAGGUUCCACCGUUAUAGUCAAUGAAUGAACACCUAUCAUAUUGCCAUUCAAAUGAGACCUCUUUGGGUACGUUUGCAUGGUACAAUUUAAGUUACGAGAUUUGUCCAAAUGAAAGGUGAAGAUUUUUUCAAAUGUUUUUUUCACUCUCAUGGAAAGGAUUGACAGGCCAAUAAGUACAAAAAAUGACCUGUCACUGAUAAACAAUCGAACGGAUGGCAGAAGAAUCUAAACCUUUUAAACACUGUUACACUGCACACACCACAUUCCUUUCCACGUUAAAAAGAGUAGUGUCGCGGUUGUCGAGUUCAUUUUGUUUCAACAAAAUAAUAAUGCCAUUUAAGCGUCCUUUUUUGCUAUGAAAUUUGAGGAAUUACUAGUGAAUGGCCAAAUCACAGCUUUGUGUCGAAGGAAUAUGUCUCCCAAGCAAUAUAUCAAACGUUACGAGUAACAAAAAUGAACUUUAAAAACCAAACCGUUAGGCUGAGAAGUUUUCAAAAAGCUCAAUUGCAAUCCCUUUCGAUCUUCUCCAAAUUUGUCCAUCUGUGCUUCCUUUGGUAUUUGCUGUGUCAUCUAUACUUUCUUUUAAUGUUUUGAGCAGUUCAUUUUGUUUCACCCAAUUUGGUGGUAGUUUCCACUGUUAAAAUUUUGAUAACUUUCAUGACAGAACUCCUUUAAAUGUAAUCCAAAGCAACGCUCACAUCCGUUAGCAACAACAAUUUCUUAUCGAAAACAUGUCGCCAGGAGCGUUACUCGUUUCUCUUCCAGGGAAACCACGCUUUGAACACGCAGUUGCACAAGCCUUACUACGAAACGGCCCUUGUUGUGUUAGUCUGGCAAAACGGCGACACCUGUCUUGUCAUACUGAAGAAAAAUCACCUCUUGGUCGCACCCAAUACGACCUCCCUUCAGUAGACAGUAAGUCCUGCACAUGACUGCUUUUUUUAUGAUAAAUACGCAUUUUCCGCGCAUUUCAUUCUCCGAGGGAUGCUCAAAAUUGAGGAACAAUCCAACAUGAGUGGAAAAAUACAGAAAAAGGGGGUACCAUUUGAAAAGACUACGAAAAGAUGUAGUUAAAAUGGUUACAUCGCAGAAUUUCCUCGGUUCAUAAACUCGACAACUAGAAACGUACGACAUUUCAACGCGAGUGAAUGAAGCCGUGUUGAGUAUGGUUUGCAUAAUCAAAUUUUUGAGAAUUCUAACUGAGUCAGGCUUUUCAAGCGAGAAUUGCUAUGUAUUCUUUUUCAACCAAAUAAGUCAUACAUAACUGAUGAAAACAAGGUAAGAGGAACACCACUUUCGUCUGUCGUCAAACUUAAAUGAACCUGAACUAUUCGAAGAAUUAAUUUCCCGUGCCAAAUACCAAAUUACUGUUCCUUUCACUAUGAAUACUAAAAAAAUAUAACAGAUUAAGGUCGAAAGUGAUAAAAGCUGGCAGAGGACCAUGGAAAAUAAGAACCAAUGAUAAUCAAUAAAGUCGAUGACUAAAACACUCCAGACACCCGAAGUAAGAUUCUAUUAUCCGAGUCUUUUAUCAACAAAAAUGAAAUUAUUAUUUAUUUCUCUUUGGCGAGAAGGUGCACCUUUCAUUGUUCCAAAUAUGUUACGCGCAAAUGUCCAAGCCUUUCUUUCCGGAUGUUCGGUCCAUAUGUUCUAGGCGUUCGAUUUCGUAACAGAUCUUAAGAAAGUCAAGAUUUUCCUCAUAUUGCUUUAACUGGUGACACGUUCCACAUUACAAAACAUCCAGUUUAAACUCGUUCUACUUAUUCCGGAUGAAAAAGUGAGAACAACUGUAAAUGUUAUGAGGAAGUUUCGACAAUAGAAAAUUAAAAAAAACGCUAAAUGGUUAAUUCGAGAAGGCACUUCCUAUCUUCCCACACACAAAAAUUUCAAGGAAUAAUGCUUUGUUUCUUUUUUGUAAAAUACUAAAAAACAAGAAGUACAAUGUGAAAGAAAUGCUGAAGAAGUUUCAUUUGAAUGGUAACACCGCAGGAUUUUGUUCAGAGAUACAAAAUUCAGUACAGCACAAUGACUCUACUAAAUAAGCUAGUGUUUAGCGCAGAGGCGUGUAUAAAUGGAUAUGAAACUGAAAGACGCUUAUCCCAGGGAUGUGACGGCAGCGGAAGGUAAAUACUGGAGGAAAAUUAGCCUCUAAAUUCUGGCACGCGCAAUUUAGCAAACUUUGCCCUCGGAAAUCCGCUAAAAGACUGCGCUCUCCCGCAUGUAAAAGGUUCACAGUCGUCUUUUUAUCAGUACUUAUAAAAGACGGCUAAAAACUUUUGAUUUCCAUUAACACUGAUGUCAAAAUUCCACGAAACGGCUAAAAAAAAUAUUUUUUUUGGUUUGUUUUUCCCCUACUCAAUUACUGGAGCUGUCUCAUUUAAUACCCAAGAAAAAAUAGCCAACCUUUCGACAAAGCAAUUGUUCUUCUCUUCGAUCAAAAUUGGAUUGGUAGAAUUUUAGCAACUGUGGCUGAUAUACAUGUAACCCGCUUAACUUUAACUGUUUGUUGAAAGGUCAUUGUUGUCUUCUCAGUGUAAACAAUUUCUAAGCAUGAAGUGGAUUAAACAACAAGAUCAGAAGAAUUGACCCAAUUGGAUUUCGGUUGUCUGCUCAACUGUAAAAAUAUUUCAAAGCCUACUAUCACUCUAUACAUCUAGUUAGUUCUUUCUGGCGACUUCUUCAACUUCAAAUGCAGAGAAGUGGAAGGAAAGAAAAUUAAUAGAGCCAAUUAAUGUAGCAUCGAGGACUCUUGACUAUUCACACUUUAGGGAGUGUUUCGUGCAGGGUACACCCUUCGCAAUAGUUUAACACAACGUUCUCAACAAACUCAUGUGUCCAGGCCUGAAAAUGCAACAAUUUUUAGGAUUAACGCCGGCUUUGUUACACAAACACGUCUGAUUAAAUCAGUGGACAAAGGAAAUCUUUCCUGAACACAAAUGUCUAAGUAUAGGCUCUUCAACCUUCAGCGGUUUGUCAGUCAUCAAACAUAUCAUUUUUUCCAGGCCGGUAGCUGAGCAAUACGUGAGACUAUUAGUUGCCUGAGAGUUAUAAAUGGAGGCACUCGCAAGCUAAAGUUAUAACUGCAAAUUCCUUUCGCUUCCCAUCUAAUUGGACCUCAAAUUUAUCUUGUUUAUAAGGCUCCCAUAGUCUAUACAAAUUGCAUUUGCAUAAUAAACAAUUUACGCGACUUUACAAUGUUUAAGUUCUGUAAAAAAUCAGAUUGACCUGUUUAUAAAUAUUAUCAAUGGAAAUUUUCGUUGCUUCAUCCUUCCUUCUUCAACCGAUCAUCUUCUCUUGCUCUUCUAAAAUAUAAGGUACAGUUUACAUUAUAAACAGAGAGGUUAACACAUUCGACUCAGUCGAGGAGCCGACGAGGAGAAAAUCAUGCGUGACCCGCCCAUGCAGGUGAAACCAAUUUAUCUGGGCUACUUCUUCAAAAAGUUAUGACAACCAUGCUUUUAUAUCUCGUAUCUUUCUAUUAAUAAAUCAUUCUUGUCAUGCUUUAUUUACACUUCAUUUCUAAGUGAUGAUUUGACUUUUCAAGACACGUAGCAACUGCAAUAUGAACAAGGUCAGCUGAGGGCCAGUCACUCCUUUCCGCAAUCUACGAGCGACUUUACGAUCCGACAACGUGAUGGCUACGAGAACGUAAAAAUACAAUAGGUUUAGAGGGCUCAUCGUAAAUGUAUUGAUGUGUACUUGAGCGUUUCGAUGACCAAAAACGAAAAGAGAAAUAAAAAAAGUGUUUCUACUAUUAGGAAACAGUUGGAACGCUCCGUAUUCUACAGGCACUGUCACGCCUAAACUACUAUAGGAGACGUUAUGUGGUACCCAUCACCUAUUUUCAAAAAAACACUUUCAGUCCAUUUGCACUGUCCACUGUGGAGACAUGCGAUAUACUUGUAACUUUUGUGGAAUCGGCUCGAGUUGGCCAAUCAAAUGAAAGCUGCUGAGCAGUACUUCCCUGUGCUAUUCAAUUCAAGGUGGUUCUAUGAAAGACACCCAUAAGCGUAACCAAUCAAAUGAAAUCACUUUAGCAGAACUUUCGCGUCGCACUGUUUGUUUUCCAGAAUUUUACAAAGUGAAACUUGGACUCUUUCCUCAAAUUUUUGCGGAUUUCUGCUACUUUGAGUGUAAGACUUAUAAUAUCACUUCUUCAAACGUUGAAACGAAGAACCCUAGAAUUAAAAGGCCGGGGCCAUUCUAGAUGUCCAUUUUACAGAGGUGUCCGUUAAGAGACAGUUGUGUAGUGGUGGUGCCGAUCCCAAAGGUGUCCGUAUCAGAGAGAGUUGGCUAUAAAGUAGUAUGAAAAUAAAUGAGCCCUUAAAAUAGCUCUGGAGAUGAAACUUUUGUCAUCAGUGCAGGCAGGCCUCAAAUACCCCCUUCCACUAUGCCUGGUAAUUUCACAAUCCGUUUGCAUAACUUACAUAUUAUGCAGACAAUCUUUGAGAUCGAUUUUUAUUCCGAGGAAUUUUACGCAAAAACUAUUCUAUAGACCACGAAAUUUCGAGUCUUUCUUUUUUAGAAGAAUGACGUCAAAACGAGAUGAUUAUCUCUCAUUUAACGAUGUACUCGGUCAUAACACGAAAGGAAAUGCCUAUAAUUAACACAUUGUUUACGAUGGUCUAAUAUGUUAUCUAACAAAAAUAUUGACACAGAAAUUUCUUCUUGAUAUCUAGGUCAGAUUAUUCAUGCUCUUUCGUGCAAGGUUCUUUAUCGUACAACAUUUUAUGUCAAGCCCGGGAUGUCUAGCAAAUUAAAUAGAACUACACUAUAAAGAAGUAAAGAGCUGAACAAGACUAUGUGAUAUUACCAUUACGUAUAGUUACUCAAUUCCACUCUCCACAGCGGCCAAAUUUAACUCUUAAGGGAAAAAUACCAAUUUCACUUUUGUGAAACAGUUAGAAACGCGUUGUGCCGAGUACGGCUGAGUAGUUUCAUUUGGGCGACUUCAUCCAGAGUGAAAAGCUAGAACUCCCUGGUGCAGAAUGAUGAACAGUACCACGGGAAAGUACUGCUCAGUAGCUUUCAUAUGAAUGGUCACACCAUAGGAUUUCAUCCACAGACUCAAAAGCUAGAAGCACCUUGUACAACAUAAUAACACCACAGGAAACUACUGCUCAGUAGCACAAUUUAACAUUUAAACACAUCCAUUUUCGGAAAGCCUACAAACUUCAAAGGCUAUGUACCAUCUAGACAGUGAAAGAAAGCAAAAAAAAAAAAAACAACAACAACAACAAGGCUGUCAACUACAGCUUCAACAAAAAGCGAAAAAAACAGUAACAGCUUACUAAAUCUUAAUUGAUUUCUGUCGAGAUAAUCAUCUUGCUAAACGUAACACUAGUUUUACUACAUUUGCUUCGUCGGUGUGAACUCGGGCUUAAACUCGUUGUGAUAAAAAAAACUAGUUACAAAUAAAGAUAAACAUCCAACAUGGAAAACAGUAAAAAACUUUAACUUAAACCAGUUCAGGGAAUCAGCUAAUUCAUUGGGGUUUGACCAAAUCGAUUGUGAAAUAGAUAACGACACAUCCGUUAUAACAAUGACAAUCCAAAGCCUAAAAAUAAUUUGAAAAAAAAAAAAAAAAUUGCCACUUUACCAGAUCGACUAUAAGAAGCUUAUAGCAAAUGGUCUCACGUUUAGUUUUUAACGCUUAUCACUUGUAUUAAAUGGAAGGUCAAAUUAGAUGCCUUUAUAUAUAAAUCGGUGAUAAUUGUAUUAGCUAAGAGGGAGAAGUCAAAGGUAUUUGAAAUAGAACUGAGCUGCUAUCUUUGUUAUAGCCAACUACGGAGACACAUAAAGACGUUUUUCUGUGGAAAGAACCCUACGAUGUAGUGUGAGCAUUUAAACGAAAUCUCUGUAAAAAAAAAGUUUCAAGACUUUGGCGUGUUGCUAUUUUAUUUUACCCUAAUCUGAAAGGAAGUGAAAUUCAGUUGGGUUUCCUGAAGUUUGCUUGUUGGUGUUUUUUGGUUUGGACUUGGGGAAUAUUGCACGAUUUGAGAAAAUUAACCAGCUUUCCUUUGUUCGUCGUUUUAGAACAAAUCUGUGGAAUGCACCAAAGAAGUAUGUCCGAGACUGACUGCAUGCAAGGGAGAGAUCAAAAAACCAGAGGGAAAAUGUUGUCCAGUUUGCAGUGAAACUCGAGGUAUAGAACUAACUUGUAUCGUCUUUAGUUAAAGGGGCUGUGUCACGCUGUUUGCUUUCUUUUAACAAAGCUAAAACGUCUCUCGCGUCAAUUGAGUUUCAAAAAUAAUGACCCAGUUUUGUUAUUUAAGUAUAAUUUUGCAUUGGAAACCGUUUCCUGUCGUCUGUUUCUACGAACGGCAAGAAUGGAAAUGGAUUGAAACUUGAAAAAGUUGGGCCAACUUCAACUUUCGCCGUUUUUACGUAACUGUAUCUCUUCGCUUGUAAGAGCGAUACUUAAAACUAAUGUCAAAAAAUGAAACAAUUAACCCAUUAGUCUACGUCAAAUUUUGCUUAUUCUUGAUCUUCCGAUGAAGAAAAUUAAAACACAAUUUCAGCUUUGGGUGCGGUCAGUUUUCAUCUAUUUUAUUACGGAUGUGGCGAGUAAGCCCGGAUACAAUUCGUGCCAAAAAAUACCCUGUCCAUUUGCAAUUCUUUUUAGCGUCUUUCCGUUGGCGUAAUGAUGUUGCUGUCGAUAGAUAAUUUGUCCGAUAAACUUUCGGGCAAUUUGCCCCCCACCGGUAAACAUUUUACUCCUUUUCUUAGAAAAGAUAAGGAUAACGACAGUGUGAUAACGAGAAAUGCAAAAGUAAAGAAAAUUCUUUAAACGAAUUCGCUUGUGUCAUCAACUGAGUUUUCCGUGCAAGACGGUUCUUACUCGUGACCUUACAUUCGAAACUAUGAAAAUGAAACUCUUCUAUUUUCGGUUUGCCAAGCUCUGCAAAUGUGGUUUUGAUUAUUGAUGUUGCAGUUCAAUUUCUAAGUCAUAUAAUUGGGUUUAAUUUAUAACAUAUUUACUUCUAAUGCACAUCAAAAGUAUUCCGACUGGAUGUUGAGCUCUGGUAUGAAAUCCUUUGACGGCAAAACCUAAAAACGGUCAUGAAAACCCAAACCGAAUACCCCCAAUAAUGCCCUUUGUUCUUCAUGUUAUGUCGUAUUUGGUGGUCCACGUCCGUCAGGUCAGAGCCCCGAUCUAUUUCCGCGAAGAAAACUGCCUUUACCAGUUUAAGCUAUGGGUUGCUUAAGGCGGUCCGGUCUUAAAUAUUCCUACCGGUGAAUUAACCCAAAAAAAACUGUCGAAAGGAAUUAUUUCUGUUGGUUAUGUGGCAAAAACGGCCUACGCAUGCAAAAACGCGGACAAACAAACAUUCUGAGCACUUCGUGCAUGGCUGAUCACUGUUUUACGCCUUUGUAGAGUGGGAGUCCUGAUAAAAAGACACUGAGUCAUGUAGGAAUCUGCAUUUAAGCGAGCGGUUGGUUCGAUCUAGAUAAUUUCGUUGGAAAAAACCCAACAGAAAAACGCUGCGCCUUCUCUAGGCGCCUUGUUAAUGACAGUUACGUUAGAUAAAGCGGUCUACGCAAGCGAAAAAGAGAACAGAGGGUUUUUUCCCUUUUACUGAAGGUGGUCUGCCAGCCGGGCAGGGUGGCCUAAAGUUUUGGAUUCUUGAGAUGGUUCCGUUCUCACGGUCACUGGAAGUCCAAAACUAUUAAACUGAUACGCACAUUGUUUCUGUUAGCUAUGACGAGGUGGUCUGCUUAAGUGAAGAUGAGGACAAUGAUAUGAACCUGAAGGAAUGAUAAGAUGGUGUAUGUAUGCGCCAGUCCAAUUAAAUCAAACCCCAGUGAUGACUGUAUUGCUCGUCAAUGCUAGUUGUAUGCCGUAGAAGAUUGUCAACAGAUGUCAGUUCAAACCGACGUAAGCAAUACGGAAAUAGGUUCUCAGUCUUCAGUCUUGAAGAUAAGUUUCUUGUCGGUUUAUUUUGCUUAAUCAGCUAUGAUCCUUCUUCAAACACAUUAGCCAGCAAAUGCACCACACGUUUAAUCCGACUAACGAUAUGAAGUCUUCCAACCUCACGCUGAGACCACAGCGAGUUAACAAGCCCACUGAUUAUUCUUGCUACAGAUCAGACCAUUAGAGGGUAUUUAGUAAUAGACUUAAAACCAAAGAGCAACAUUUUAAUGCUUAUUACUACAAACUGUGUGUCUGGUUUUACAAACACAAAUCAUCCAGAACGUGACCAAAUCCUAACUUGCCCUUGGCUAGGAAAUUUGAGGGAGCUUUAACAGUAUCGACGGCGACGGCGACGGCAAGAAGAACGUCUAAAAGGCACAAUAGGUUUAGCAAGCAAAACACAGUUCUGCCCGUGUAUUACAUUUCUUUGCCGUCACUACACGACUUAAAACAUAAAGUUCCCUAAUGAACAAUCAAAUGCCCAAACUUCUUAAAAAUCAAAAAGGUUUUCUGGCUGAAUUCUUUUUAAAAACACUAGCUUUCUACCGCCUGAUCUCAACUUCGUUAUUGCUAAAGAAACCUAUUGUGACGUAAAUCUAAAGGCCAUCGACGACCCUCGCCCUGAAAUCUCAAUGAUCAACUAAAUUUUCGGCCAUUUAAAAUUCCAACCAUUUCCCUUUCAGCUAGUAAUUUAACUUUGCAAAUCUCAGAUCUUAGGUGUCACUAAGAAUAAAGAAACGUAUCGAGGCAACUGCAUCCUAAACCACAUGGGAAACGGAAAAACGUAAGAGUCUCUCCCUAAAAACAACAUUUAAAGGUAUAUAAACGGCUAAACCGUAAUAUUUUUUUAUAGACUGAUUGGACUUUUAACUUCUGAUGCUGUUAGCAGGAAGGGAAACCGUAACGAGUUUCUAUAAUUCUAAAAAUACGUUUGCACAAAGUUACAUGUAUAGGAAGUCGGCCAGACUAGACCGAUACUUCUGUGGUUAUAAUGGUCUUGUCCGUGUAGUAAUCCUUAGUUCGAUUAAUUAGAUAAAUUCGAUUAACAUUAUUUCGGAAGGACUAACCGCAGACCGCAGACUUGACUCGCCAUAUAACUAUUCUAAAUAGUUCAAGUCAGUAUUAUUGAUAUAAUCGAUAUUCUCAUUGCAAAUUUGAAAAAAGUAAACAAGGAAAUCCGAACAUAAUUGACAAUGACAAAUAAGACUGCGAAUUUACUACAAACAUCCUUUCUUAAUUGAUACCAAAACAUUUUAUAGCUGAUUACCCAGCCAUAAUGAUUUGUAAGUAAAAACUCUGACACGAGAAUUGAAGCAAACUCUUUCAUCCUCGUUUUCCCUAUUCUUGAAAACGCCAAAGUAUUCAAACACAAUUUGGAGAUAAUUAGUCUGAUAUGAGAACAUCUCUUUGUUUUUAAAACUUUUUAAACAUUGAAGAUUUGGUUUGUUUAUACAUCACACGUUGACGCAAGAGUAAAUACAAGCACAUGUUUUUCUACUUGAGCCUUAUUAUCCCAAACAAAUAUUAUUUGUUUAAAACAUUCAAUUUACACGAACAUUGUUCUUAACAAAUCUGAUGUUAAAAUAGUAGAGUAGAUCAUUGUAACUGCGCAAAACACCACCCUGUCUCACACUUUUAACUUUGUAAUCUUCUAAUAAGGGUAUUCUCUCCUUAAACCCCUAUUAUCCAGAAUUCAUUUAGUCGACAUUCAGACGGCUUUAAAGCCAUGUAACGAACAAACAGGCCGCCAAAUUUUGGCGGGAAACCUUUGAUCGUUCCGCCGGUGGCGUCAACUCGACGGAUGACAUAAACAUCGGCUGUAUUCACUAUUUCGAGCAAUAUAAUAAUAAAACAAAUAACAAAUGACUGAAUUCCGAGGUCGAUGACAGCAAAGCAACUAUAGCAAGAUACGACAAAGGAUAAAAAUAAACGCAAAACUCGAGUAUUUCAGCCACUUCAACGGUUUAACUCUGCUGAAGAGACGUUUCUGGAAAGGUUUUAUAGUUUUGGAGGUUGAAAGUCGUAGGUGGAUUUUAAUAAAGAUUAAGAAAAGAGAUUCAAUUAAAAUUGCAAUCAGACAAUAAACGAUAAGGAAAGGUCAUUUGGAACGGUUUUCUACGCCAAUACGGCCUUCAACUCUGGCAAACUUCACUCGUCUGGGACGUGAUUUAGAUAAAACAGAUUUUGGGGAUUCAAUUCUUCUGUAUUCUUCCGAUAGGUUUAGGAUUAAAUAGACCAAGUAUUCUGCAAAAGUUUGUCUACUUUCACUGCGAAAUCCUAUAGGUUUAACCUUUCGGCCUUACGGCAAGCUUUUACUUUUGGUAGCUCUCUGUUUCAUUGUAAAAUAAAAAGAUGUUAAAACUAUCACAGACUUUGCUGGAAAAGAUAGGGAAAUCAAAGGUUGGACCGGCAGUAUCAUUUACGUUUUUCACCGGUAAACGUCCACAAUGGGCAAAUUCAAUUUUCGUCCUUUUACUCCAGGUAGAAAUACUCACGAAAACAAUGAGUGAAAGUUAGGCGCUUUCUAAUAAGUGUUUAAGCCUACACCGCAGAUUAGAGCUCAGCUACAAAAACCUGUUCUUUGCUCAGCCAGAGCUCUGAUAUACUUCCAAAUCUUCUGAGUUAUAAGUAGGGUUUUGUUCGCGAUAGCCUCAUUGAUCAAUUGUUUGUUUCAUGCAAGUUCAUGGACCAGCUUACACAGAUGACAAUGAAAAAUUAACCCUUUAAACCCUAAGAUCAAAAUUUGAAUUCUCAUUUGUUGCCCUUAGUCAUUUCCUACAGAAGUAGUGGGGAGAAGUUGAUAAAUAUCAAACAAAGUCAUCUUGUGUCACCAUGUCUGUAAUUCUCAUGACCACUCAUGACCACUCUGUUUUACAAAGCAUGGGUAUCACAAGGAGAAAUUUGAUGGUGAUCACUCUUGGGGCUUAAAGGGUUAAAUGCAAUAAUGCACUGUCAGGAAUCUUUAAUUUGUCAAACCAGAAUUACAAAUAGAGACUCAAAAAACUAAGAACCACCUUGUACAGCAAAAUAAACAGCACCACAGGGGAGUACUGGUUAGUCGCGUUAAUGUGAAUGGACACACUAAAGGAUUUCAUCAACAAAUUCAAAAGUUACAACCACCUUGUGCAGCAUAAUAAAAAGAACAAAAAGAAAGUGCUGCUUAGUCGCUUUAAUUUGAAUGGACACACUAAAGGAUUUCAUCAACAACCACCUUGUGCAGAAAAACAAAGAGUGCCACAGCCGAAUUGAGUUUCAUGUCUGCCACACGGGCCAGCCAUAUAAAUAGGAGUUCAAAAGAGCGUGAACGUGACCUCUCGCAAGAUGGUGUUAAUCAAAGGAAUAUACUGUAAUCCACAAUCCGUUGUUAUACUACAUUAUAUUUCCUUUCUUGAUAUAAAUUUAAUUAACAGAAAUAAGCGUAAAGAUUGCCAGAGGGGUAAUACUGUUGAUAGGGCAUACACUGUGCUCAGCUCGAACAAAAAGCCUUUGAAUUAAAAGACGCCAAUAUGUCUCGACCAUUCGAUGCUAGGAAAGCCUAGGAACAAACCCACGUUGAAUAGUCGAUAAAUCAGAAGAUAAUAGUAUAGACUAAAAGAUAGUCUAUAGUUUAAAAUUUAACUUAUAAACUGGCUGAUAUGGAUAUAAAGGGAAUUAGAAGAGUAAAUACAAUAAUUAUGAAAAACAUCGACUAUAACUACUUCGGAAUAGGUUUUCAAGACUUAGGUGAGAAAAAUCGUUUUAUAUUUACCGUUAAUCUUGACAGAUUGUUUCUGGGAUUAACGCCCUGAGCCCCGAGGAACAAGCAGGGAGGGCGGGGGCUGGUGCAAACACCCCACUAAAUCCGACAGUUUCCGUAGUCCCGCCCUGCAGUAACCUACAGUCAAACCCCAUUAAUAAGGACACAGGGGGGGCCAUGGAAUGUGUCCGUAUUAAGCGGGUUGAGUUUAGAGAAAAUGUAAAGGAAUUCCCCAGGAACAAGGAAAACCGUCUGUGAUAACGGGGUGUCCGUGUUAAGCGGGUGUCCGUAAAGGAGGGUUUUACUGUACUGCUAUAAGUCGAAAUUUUUGAAAGGAAAUUAAAAAUUUAAAGGAUAAAAAUACGUAGGUGGAAAAACAUUCAGCUACUGGUUGAAAAAGGGUAGAAUUUGAUGCGUAAAACGCUAACAAAAUACGAACAAAUAAACUAUUUGAGAGAGCUACUCUGCAACUUCAAUUUCGAUUACAGAAUCAAAAGCUAGAGUUUCAAGAAAUCACCAAAAAAAGAAGUCUCAAGCAAAAGGCAUUAUCAUAACAGGUUCCUUUUCGCCUAAACUCUUUCCGCAACAAGUGACGUUGUAAUCUGUACAGAACAGUAGCUAGUACACACUAAAAUAAAUGAACGAUAAAGGGGAUUAAAAGACAAGGAAGAUCUAACUACUAAAGAUUGAAGUUUCCACUAUAAUCAUUCAUCAAAAUCCUUUUUUUUAUAAUCAAAUAAUAAGUAAGUUUCAACAUAGGAACUACCAAAGAACUAUGAAGUAAUAGGGGAAUUAACUUAACUUAAUGAAAGAUUCACGCACAGACUAUAACAGUGUAACAAGAAAAGCAAAUGCAAAGAACUAUGUUUAUUUGUAUUCUCUUCUUUGCAGAAUCAACACCAUGUACUCAUCAAAGAAGAACAUUCAAGGUAUGACAAAUUGAGAUACAUGUAUGAAUCAUUGUAUGCCAUUAACUUAAGCUGCAGUUUGUAAAUACGGUAGAACCUCGAUACGUUGAACUCGGAUACAAAUUUCACUGAAAUUUACCCUGACAACUCGAAUUCUUUGCUAACUCGAACUAUUUUUCGUUUCCCUUUAAAGUUUGAGUUACCGCGGUUCUACUGUACCACCACCACCAGCCCCACCGUAUAAUGCUUAAAUUGGUCACCAAAAUGGUGCUAAUAUUGCCAAAAAGAAAAUCGAAGUACUUGAAGUCUCAAGUACAAAAUAUUACAGCUUUACUUUGCAAGACUUAGGAUUUAACACAGUUGCGAGAAAUAAGCCGACAAGGCCCAAGACAUCCCGGAUCUUACUAAUACAUGUACAUUCACAAAAACCAGUUAAAAUGAAAAAGACAACAAGUACUUGACAAAAAAAAAUUAUACUGUUCAAUGAUGCCAUAGUUUUCUAUACUUAUUAUUUUUACCCCCUUAUGCAAGACUCUCUAAUGUUAUAAACAGCUUCAUUUAUUUAUGGCAUUUUAAUUAAGUGCUGGUUUUAUAGCCCAGAGACAGCUGCAUAAAUCAUGAUGUUAAAGUACAAAACAACUAAUGUCUGUUUACACUGCAAUUCAAUGAAAGAUGCUAACAAAAAACAGUUAAUUUUGUUUCCUUAAAAUCUCAAUGUUUCCCAAGGUGGAGUUUCAUUGUUAGAUGUUAUGUGACCUUUAAGUAACUGAUGAGAGCUCAUGCUGUUGGGGAAAAAAUUUCCAGCUAUAUAAUAAUAAUAGUUAUAAUAUUGUUAUCCAAUGACAUUAUAUCUCAUUUUAGCUUUCAUAUGACUGGCCCUGGGGAGUACUUUGACUGGCGUCAGUGUCUAAAACAACAUCGAAGCUUGUCAAACCCCAAAUAACAAUCCACAAUUUCAAACAAAAAAGACCACACUAGUAGCCUAAACAGUACAUUGAACAUAACAUGCAUUGACUCUAAGUAGCUGUUACCUGGUUUAGGUCUGUCAUCCUAGCGGGUUUUCCACCAUUUUAUCCAGUGACGGCUGACCUUCUCCAUGCAGAAAUCCUUGAACUGUGACUGCAGGAAACCUCUUUAUUACAGACUGUGACUCUUGCUCUGCAAGAAACUAAACUCCAUUUUAUACCCAACUUUAGAAAGUAAACAAACCUAGAUGACUCUCCCUCUUUAACCCUUUAAGCACCACGAUCAAGAUACAAAUUCUCCAGACUGGCCUCCAAACAUUUCUUGAAAAAUUGGUUGAGAGAAUUUGUGAAAAGAUCAAAGCAAAUUUCCUUGAGUGACCAUUUAUUAAUUCUCAUAACCUUUCUACUUGAUUAAUAUACCUAUAGUGUUAGGAGAAAAUUGAUGUUGGUCACAGAUCUUGGGAUUUAAAGGGUUAAGAGACUAUUAUUCCUUUGCUCAACAAUUUUCAUUCGGAGCACAAACCAUAAAGGUUUUGGUGAUUUUCAGGUAUAGCACUUAAGACUUGAAAAUAUUGACACCAUUAUUAUUAAUAUCAUCAUCAUCAUCAUCAUCAUCAUCAUCAUCAUCAUCAUCAUCAUCAUUAUUUCAAAUAUCAAUCCAAGUCCAUCCACGCCAUCAACACACAACAAAAAAACAGUUUCAAUACCAAAAUAUAGUCUUAAAUAACAAAACUGGACAACAAUUUUUGGAGUUCAGUAGGUGAGGGGAUGUGCUUUUGCAUUUACAGAGACAGCAAAUACUGUAGCAUGACUGUUGCCCCUUUUAUGAAAACCUCUGUUUGACAGACAUGUCCUUAAAAUGAGUUGGUUCCUGUCAUUCUUAAUGACUUUUAGCCACCAGAAAUGGCCCUUUUCAAGGCUGGUGACAGUACUACAAAUCAGUAUACUUUUGUAGAAUGAAAUCCAGGAUAAUUUUUAAUCUUUGGCAAUUUCGUCUUUUGUUACAGAAUAAUGAAUCAUGGUUCAUAGAGGGUUGUCAAAUAUGCCACUGUAAAAAUACCACAGUAACAUGUGAGCCUCAGAAAUGUUCUCCAGGAUCACUCAAAUGUCCAAAGGUAAGAGACUCAGGCACAGAUAUUUUUAGGCCAUUUGAUACAAUUUAACUUCAUUUAAGUUAAUGCGAAGCAGCACUGGUUUGCAUCCAGUGGUUAACAGUGACAAAAUGUUUAACUGCCCACCACCCCUUACAUACAUGUACAUACACAGCCCAGGGAGGGGCAGGGGGCAGGGGUAUGGGAGGAGUAACGCAAGAAAGUUUGGGUGGGGAUGUGCCGCUAGGACCGCAGAACCCUUAGACUAUACUAGACUUACUUCAGCUGAAUUUUGCUACCCUGUACAUUCAAAAUCUCUUCCGAUCCUAGAGUAGCUACUUCCCAGAAACUAGUGAGGUGGAUGCCCACGUUACUAUCAAACUGAGUUGCAGCUAAAUUCAAAUUUGUCGAUUUCAUCCUUUGAGCGUCAAUUCCCGGCUCAGCUAUAGGCUAUGUUAAAAUCUUCAACCAACAUUGAUCAGUUUCCUGGAAAAUCAUACCCUAUUCUAGACCUAAAAUAUCUGAUUUCUAUGGCCUAUCCCGGACUAAACUGCUUGAAAACCAUACCCUUCACAGUGGCACAUACCUAUACAGCCCAUAAUAUGGCACUACCCCAAGCCCUGGGCAUACAUAGCACCCCUCAAAUAAAGCAAAGAAUGUAUCCUUUGUAAAUGCUAUAAAGCAGGGCAGAUUUUCUCUUGAAAAAUUAAUAUUGGUCUACCCCUCAUCACAGUCCUGACUCUCCCUCCCCUCCCUCACACCCACCUUUCCAGAUUCCUUUCCCCAAUUCCCACUGAUGACACAGAGUGACUGAUAGCCAGAUUACUUUGUUUUGAGGCUCAAAAUUGUGUAACAGGGAUUAGCCGCAGCUAAGGGUAUUUUUCAGAAGGCCAAAUGUCUACCCAAUGCUGCACGACUCAAGGGGCAGUUAUUCAAAAGUUGGAUGAUACAAUCCACUGGAUUUGACUGUAUUCCAUUGGAUUUCCUGUGGAUAACGCUAUAGACAGUGAUUUAUCCAUUGGAUAGCGUUAUCCAAUGUUUGAGCAAUCACUGCCUGAAGCUUAGUGAUUAGGAUUAGGAACUGAAUGAAUCAAGUUCCAGCUUGCCUGUAUAAUGACCUAGCUGGAACUCAAUUAACUCAGUUUCCUAACCGUAGUCACUUAGCUUCAUGGACAUAGGUCAUUCGGUGGCCAUUCCGUAUUCUGCAGAUUGCCGCUAUAAGCUUAAAAUGAGCUUUUUAGUGAAAUUUAACCUAGCCUCUAAACUAAACCAUUAACGAAAGGAUAAGGUACUUAGUUUUAAUCCAUCUUUUCACUUACCUUGACAGCCAAAAGCUAGUUCUUAACCAAAUGCAUCGAAUGAACGGUGACACAAGAUAUCAUCGAGAAUCGAUAAGCGCGCGGUUUUUAUUUCCAUCACAUUUGAAUGAGAAAUUAUCCAUCGAAGAUUCAUGUUUCCUGUUUUGUUCCCUUUCGAUCCUCAAAUCUCGGGUGUCCCGUCCUUCGACGUCUUCAGUUUCGCCUAAAGACGGCCAAAAACUGAAAAAGAACCCGGCAGAACAUGUUGCUUUCAACAAAUUCGGUCCGCCAUUUUGAUUUCCAACUAACUUGGUAGCCUCUCCUUUUGGAUCCCAGGCUACUUUCUGGCGCUCAUCGUGUGACACGAAAUGUUUGCGGGAACUACCGUAUUUGAUUGCAAUGGAAAUACAUGUUUUUAAACAAUACCUGUUCUGAAUGAAAGAGACCAGAAGCCGAAUUAGAGACAAGUUGUAAUUGAACAGACACGAUUUCUUGGUACUGCAUUUUUGUGCACCGAAUUUAAGUUACAGAAUAUUGACUCUAGAGUAAAUUUUUGCGAGAAAAAUGUUUGGGAAAAUUUUCUUUUAAGAUAACUUCUUUUUUGCGGAUCGCUGAAAAAAUCGCAAAACUCGCAGAAAUUGGGACCCGACAAUUUUUUUUAAUUUUUAAUUAGCCUCCUUGUUACAAGCUUUAAUCAUUCUACAGAAAAUAAGGGAAGAAACAUUUUAAGAGUAGCUCUUCAUAAUAUCUCAUAAACAGAGUAGAAAACAGGGGAAAAGUAUCAACAUUAUUAUGUCAAUGAAAUUGUUUGUUUUCGUUUUUGAAGGGCAAGAAACCAGGACAAGUUCCCGGUGCGUGCUGCCCACAAUGCAUCGAGGGUAAGUAGCGUUCAAAGCAGAAUGAGGUCAUACGCGGACGAAUCCAGACAUUUUAGAAACCGCAUAUAUUAUCUGGAUUCAUGUGGAGGGGCCUUAAACCGGCCCUGGAAAGGAGUUUCGAGGCAAUGCGGUUUCGCUGACCGGAUUGCUGUAAAAAAGUAUACACUUUCAAAAGUAUCUGGGUUCAUGUGGACCGGUUUAGCCUAAGUUUCCUAAUUCUGGUGGAUCCCUGAGGAUGUUAUGUAAACAGGGUUAUUAUCUACUCUAUUGCCGUGUUGUCAUACAAUACAAUACAAUAACUUUAUUACCUCUCCCGAAUGGGCAAUUCUUAGAUAAUUUACAAAGAGUAAUUACCUUAAGUUACAAGCAUCAAUAAACACUAAGCUAAAAUCAUUCGUUACAAUUAUAUGCUAAAUAGUUUACGCAUUACACUGUUUUUAAAAUUACUGAUCUAAGAUGAAACAAUGUCAUCUUUUUCGUAGAUUCCAGUGUAUUGCAACGCCGAGCAUGUGAAAUUUCGGCUAAUGUUUUUGUAUCACGUGCGUUUUUAGUCAGUUCAAUUUCUUUGAUCGAUCUCUGCCAGAAACAGAUCAGCAGGAAAUACACACCAAACCAUCACUGUUGAUAUUUUUGAGGAAAUAAUUUUCAUGCUCCCGAUGCGCACUCAUGCGCGCGGAAAAAUUGCGACUGUAAGUGUCUUCAACGUGUCUUGGAGUGAGCCGGCCUGUGAAAACAUGGUACUUACACGUUUUGGGGGUAUCUGGCCGAUUCGCCCCAGGGCAGUUCGCGCAGACUCACUGAUUCGAGCAAUCGCUUUCUUAGGGCGCUUACAUGCCUGGUCCCUGUUCUUGGUCAAUUCAUUUUGGUGACUGCUUAAGACGAACGGCCGGAUGAAAACUUGCUAGGACCACGUGACCCGGAACGCAUAGACCACGCAAAAUAAUGAGGCCUAGGCACUAGGCUAGACGCCUGUAAGAAAUGGCUGACCAGACCAGUCCAGUCGUUGGGAUAAUUCAACUAUUAACAAGGACUAUCCAGCCAGAUGAGUUUAAUCUUAAAUAGUGUGCACGCCAGUGAUGGAUUUAAUUAAUGUUUCGAGAAAAUAGUAAUAUUUCAUUAUCAAAAUUAUCGGUAAAAACGGCCAUUUCUGACUUUGGGAAAACGCCCAAUUUAGGAUUGCCGAUAAUCAAGCAGGUGCAUCACACGGAAACCGAACGAAAUCAAAUUCUUACCUCGGGUAAGGCUAGAAAGAAACAGAACUCAGAUAAUAAAAGAAAAAAAUACUCAGUUUUACCCAUUUUUUUUUUCUCAUUUUUUUUUCAGAAAGUGGUGUUUGUACUUCAUACGGGGACCCACACUACCAAACAUUUGACAGACAAAUGUUCAACUUUCACGGUACCUGCCGCUACCAGCUGACGUCAGACUGUGUCAGCGAUCAAUUUACCAUACGCAUGCGCAAUGAACGACGAUACUCUAACGUAUACGCUUGGUCCAAGGCCCUCACGAUCCAUAUGGGAGGUUCAGUAAUUGUGUUGCACAAGGACUUGCAAGUGAAAGUUAACAAGACGACAGUAGACCUCCCCUACUAUCAUCUACCUUCUUUUCAGAUAAUCAAGGGGAGUUUCACGAUAACGCUGGUCUCGCAGAUUGGUUUACAGGUCAGGGCAUGCCAUUUUUUUUCAGUUACAAAUAAAACCACAACUAUGAUUUGCUUGACCCUUCAGGCUCUGUGCUGGAUAAAUUCGAGUUGGGUUUGAGAAUUAAUUCAGGGGCGCAGCUUGACUAUUUUUUGGAGGGUAAACAAAGAGGAUAUAUUCUUCCUCGAGGGUCGGUUGGAUCGGUGGACCAUGAGUUGUGAACAUGGUUGCACGAAGAUUUUGUACAGACAAACAUGCUUGUCCUAAGAAUUUGCGCAGACAAUUGUGACACUAUUGGUCUCAAUCUCUUUUGCGAAUAUGAAACACGCACGUGCGUAACCGCGUACCGGUUGCUAGUUACGUGGUAUUCUAAAACCCUUACCCUAUUUGAAAUCAAAAUGCAUGUUAUUGUACAUUUGAAUUUCCCUGCCCUAACCCAAUUCAGACGUCCCUGAGCUGCUGUUUUCAAGGAAGGGAAGAACAUGGAGUCCUUCUAGGGUUCACAUUCUUUUCCUGCCAUUGGCUCCCGCUCCAUUAAUGCUUCGGACCGUCACGGCUGGUGGUUCAUUUUAAUGCGAACUCAAGAAUGCGUUUAUUUGGCUGGUAGCCGGCCAGGCAACGAAUAGAUUCGUGGCCAAGGUGUUGACCAGGGUAACUACUUUGACCAAUGCAAUGACUGAGUUUGAAUAUGGUUUUACGAUACUGACCCUUUCUUGCGUACAGGUGCAGUGGGAUGGCAAUGGUUUUAUCGAGAUUCAUGUACCAAAGAGCUUCAUGGGCAAGGUCUGCGGUCUUUGCGGCAAUUUUAACGGGGAUUCUAAAGAUGACUUUAUGUUGAGGAAUGGCAGGCGCGCCAUCUCUGCUCAGGAAUUUGGCGAAGGCUGGUCGUUAGGAAGACGAAAUCCCGGCUGUGAGAAGCUACCAUCAGAACCGAGGGAUUCCAUCACGUCGAAGUGCUCCAACCGUCCAAGAGUUUACUGGCGAGCACAUAAACGCUGCUGGCCGAUCAAAAAACAGUUCGCAAACUGCCACAAGAAGGUGAAGCCACACCUUUAUUAUACGUCCUGCAUCUCGGACGUUUGCCAAUGUUCAGGGAGAAGAUGUGAAUGUGAAGCGCUGAUGGCUUACGCUCGCUUAUGCAGGCGCGAAGGAGUGACGAUCAACUGGGGACGAAGAAAUACUUGUGGUAAGCUAUCGAAAUUAACUUUACUCACAAAGUCAAUUUGUAACCUUCUCUCUUCUCCAUUAGCCUUUUCUAGUCUUAGUUUGGUCAAGGGUAAGAUGUAAGACUCUGACGACUGUCGCACUAACGCAAAUAAGCUGCAGUUUCAAACAACGACGGUCAGAUUGACUUUAAUACUUAAUAAAGGUCGGGGGCGUUUAAUUAAAAAAAAAAUACGGUAUAUACCAAACCAGUGAAUAUCUAAAAGUUGGACAAAUUGCAGACAGCAAUUGACUUACUGUACCAAAUCAGAACGUAUUAUUCCCUUCGUGUUAGUCAAGGCUACUGCAUUUGAACUAAUUAAUACCAGAGAAAAAUUUCAUCAAGCUCACACUUUGACAUUAUAUACAUCGGGUAUUUUGUGCUCACGGUGUCUAUGUCGGAGAAAAAUAAAGACACCAGGAAAAGCUAUCCUAGUGUGUACGUUGACCAUUAAUUUCCAGCAAAAUCUAUUAAUCUAAGCAUUGUUUUCUUGGAGUGCUGUCUUAUCUGUUCAAUGAUGUGCAAAAUAAUUCUCCAUUUUACAUCUGCGUACGAGACCCUGAAGUGUGACCAUUUAAAUGAAAGCUACUGAGCAAUACUUUCCUUUGGUGCUGUUUAUUAUGCUGCACAAGGUGGUUCUAACCAAUGAGUCUGUGGAUGAAAUCCUAUAGUGUGACCGUUCAAAUGAAAGCUACUGAGCAUUACUUCCCUGUGGUACUGUUUAUUAUGCUGAAAAAGGGGGCUCCCGGGUUUAGUUUGUAGAUGAAAUCUUGAGCUGCAAGUGCAGAAAACUACAGGAUCAUUUCUUGAUUCCUUUUUUUUAAAUGAAAUUCUAAGCUCAAAGACUAAUAUAAGCUCGAGUAGUACCCACUCCCUCCCCCUUUGGACGAACAGUCUCCAUAAUACGAACACCUUAUACUAAAAUAGUCACCUGGAGCUGGUCUCUCCUUUUUUACUUCAUCCCUUUUCUUUGACCCUCAUAAAAGGCAGCGUUUAAUUUCAUGCAUAUGUGCAUCAGGUCAGCAGUCAACAGUCAUUAAGUGUCUAUUUUCCCGGUUGUAAGGAGUUUCCUGCAAAGGAGGAUCUGUGUUCGACGACUGCGUUCCUUCCUGUCAGCGGACGUGCGACAACAGAUUUGAUAUAAGCGUCCCGUGCCCCAGCAGUUCUUGCGUGCCCGGAUGUCGAUGCCCCGCGGGCACUGUUUGGAACAGCCAACGGACAAAGUGCGUUCAGCUGUGGGAUUGUCCCCCGCAGGUAAGAGAAUUGAACACAAUAAUUUAA